AUGGCCUCUCUUCCAGGCGUCUCCGCCGCUGGGAGGACCAGAUCGACCGAUGGCGCCUCCACCGCCAACACCGACGGAGGCUCGAUCCUUGAAGGUACAUCAUCCCAACCAGAGCACUUCGAGGACGCCGAGACGAUCUUUUUGAACAAAGGGUCCUCGACCCCGAGUCCUCAAGAUAGCGCGGUGGACGCCACUGAUAAGACUCUUGCUCGGCCCUCGAAUAUUGGAGAUACCCCAGGUAAUCAGGAGGAGCCGCGAAAGUGUUGGAUUUGUUAUACCGAUGAAACAGAGAACUCGCCACUCAACGCGGAAUGGCGUUCUCCCUGCCCAUGUGCUUUGACGGCUCACGAAGCGUGCCUCCUCGACUGGCUUGCUGAUAUGGAGAACCCUCGGUCGCGCAAGCGGAAUGGCCAUAGCGCCAGAAUGGUUUGCCCUCAGUGCAAAUCGGAGAUUAUAGUUACGCGCCCACGGAGUUACGUCGUGGACACUUUGCGCCUAGUGGAAAGAAUUGCAGGGCGGUUAGUCCUCCCGGGGAUGGUGUUCACAGUAGCCGGUACUGUGUGGGCUGGUUGCUGCGCACACGGCGUGUACUCAAUGUACCUUAUUUUUGGAACUGAGGAAGCUAAGCGCAUUCUCGAGGAUAAUGUUGAUGCUCCGUUCAACCCGGGGUUGAACCUAGGCCUGCCCCUCAUUCCGCUGGUUUUGAUCUUCUCGCGCACACGUUAUGCAGAAGGCCUUCUCCCGGCCAUUCCUGUUCUGUUCUUUGCUGCACAUAGCCCGGGACAAGAACCAGACUUCGAUCUCUGGCCACCCACUCCCGCCAUGACGUUUGCUGCUUUGCCAUAUGUCAAGAGUUUCUACGGCGCUCUCUAUGACCGCCUUUUUGGUGGAUUGGAGAAAAAAUGGAUUGCGGAAGUUCAACCUCGAGCUGCGGAGGAAAUUUUGGAUGAAGUACAGCAACAAGACCAGGCAGAAGGACUGAAUCGAUUUGGUGACCAUGUCAAUGGCCAAAUCCUGAUGGAGAUUGAUCUCGAGUUGCAGGUAGGGAUGGGCGACGACGACGAGCCGCUCGAGGCUCAAGCUCUCCCUGCCGCAGAGAACCAAGAUGGCGCUGACCAAGCCGCCCAGGACGGACAAGCACAAGGUCAGAAUAACGGACAGGGGCUUGGUCUCGGACGUCGACAAAACGAAAUCAUUCACGACACGGGUAAUCUCGCCGACAUCGUUCUCGGAGCUCUCGUCUUCCCGGCAAUCUCAGCAUCCAUGGGUGGUAUACUGAAGUAUGUGCUGCCAAAGUCAUGGACCACUCCGUCCUCUGUCUUAGAACGCAGUCGCCCGGGGCUUCUCCAGACUCGUUGGGGUCGCAGCGUGGUAGGCGGAUGCAUGUUUGUACUUUUGAAGGAUGCACUCGUUCUUUACUGCCGAUGGAAACUCGCACAAACUCAUCGCCGGCGAAAAGUGUUGAAUUACGAUCGAUCCAAAAAGCAGACCGGGAGAAAGCGAUGA